AUGCAUUUCCCUCGGAGCUGCAUCGUCCUCCUUAUCCAGGGGAGAAUCUCUCUGCUGGUGGUCUGUGGCCAAGAAGGACCGGGGAAAACUGCAGAGCAACAUGAACCCGAGACCCAGGAGAGAGCUCAAGUGCAGAAGACCAGAGGGCUACUGCCUCCCAAGUCCUUAUUAACUCCAACCUUGCUGAAGAAUAUGACCCUCCUGGAACUGGUGAUCAGCUCAUGGGAGGUAUGGGACAUCCUGGAAAACCUGUCCAAGCAGGACCACGCUUCACGCCCCAGAGGACAGAGGGACUUGGGGCCAGCCUCAGGCAAGCUGAAGAAAAUUUUUGGCUGGGGAGAUUUCUAUUCCAAUAUUAAGACAGUGAAGUUAAAUCUCUUGAUCACCGGAAAGGUGGUUGAUCACAACAAUGGCACAGUCAAUGUCUUCUUCCGACACAACUCUACUGGGCAAGGGAAAUCUGUCAGCCUCGUCCCUCCCACCAAGGCAGUGGAGUUUGACCUGGAACACCAGAUCUUCAUCGAGGCCAAAGAAUCCAAAAUCUUCAACUGCUGCAUGGAGUACAAGAAGGUGGAUCGUGCCCACGCAACUAUCACAGUGACGUUCCCUACUACCCCUCGGGAUGACAAGCUCUGCCCAGCGCAGGAGGUCCUGAUGAUGAGUGGGUGA